AUGUUGAUUAGUUCUGACGCAACGUCAUCCAUUCAAGUUGAUCCAAGUACUCCAGUUGGUGAUCUUCUAAGAUCAGUUGACCAGAAUGUUCACCGUACAGAUAGCAAUGAUUUAUCAAACAAAUCAAACAAUAAUGACCAAUCAUCGGCUGUUCAAAAUAUACCGGACCUCAUCUCUGCUAGGACUGAUCUUCUGUCAGCUAACUCAAUUUUUGAUCAAAGAUCCAAAACACCAGUGCCAGGACCUAGCGAGCUGCAACAAGCUAAUUAUACCCAGCCGUUUAAUUUCUCACCUAAAGAACUUAGACCUUUACCGGAUCCGAGGACUGAAACAAAUAAAGGUCGUAAAAAACGUAAAACUGCCAUUCUCACGGACACUCAUGAAAAAAAUUUAAUUGAACAAGAGCAUCAACAGCGAAAGAAAACCAGUACUGGAGAAGGUAAGAGAAAAUUGAUACCUGCAAAAGGAAAGGGAAACGGAAAGAAGACAAAGAAGGCACCAAAAGAAAAGGAAGAUAGGUCUGACGACGAGGAUUGCUUCUGUCUUGUCUGUUUAGAAACUUUUGGCAAUAGUCGACCAAAUGAACAAUUUUUUUUAAUUUCUAUCAAUCCUAUAAAACACAGCAUAAUAUAA